AUGCACCAGGCGUUCACGGGCAGUGCCCGAAGGACUCGUCAAGUCAAUCUCUCCGGUCGACACACUUCUAAUCCCUGGGCUGCAUCAACGAACCUUACGCAAACCAAUGCUUCAUCUACAGUCGCCCAGGCUCAAGCCGAUCGAUUGAAGAGGCAACAAGACCGGGCGAGAUUAGCUGCUGCGAGAAGAAUACAAAAACUGUGGCGAGGGCAUAUUGCCCGACGACAGGAGAAGGUGAAAUGGAAGCACAUAUGGGACGAGAAUGAGGCUCGAAGAUGCGGGUCACCGAACAGACUCGAUUACGAAAGGCUCAUCGACACGCCCAACGACAUAGCUGCAUACCAAGAUCCGGCGGAGUUGCUUUGUCAAGCAAGGUUACUCCUCCAUUAUCAAGAAUUCCGAAGGCACAAAGUAAGAGACGAACAGGACACUUUCAGAUUGAUCUUCUUUGGUGAAGCUCUACGGCAGUCCGUCGCUUUACUGGCCACGGCAAGACUAGACGAUACAUGGAGGUCAACGUUCUCCGGACUCGGAGUGGUCAUAGCCCGGCAUUUGAAGAGUGUUUUGGAGAACAAGUCGGAAGAGGUUCAGGGCAUUCAGGGACCCCGGCUCUUAGAGAUGAUUACACUACUCUGCCAAAUUUUGCCUGAUGAGAUGGCUCAAAAUGCCGAGGUUCUCUUUGACGCAAUAGAGAAUGCUGUAUUGUCACAAACAGGAAACAUGGGACCGUCGUGUGCGGAGGCUAUCGUCUCCCUACUUCCAUCUGCCAGUCUACACCUCCGGUCUGCCUACGUGGCAUUUGCCCGGAGAAUAUUGAGCCAAAAUUCAUUCUCCAACAACAAGAGCUUAUUAGAUGUCGUCGCUAAGGCAGUGGAUUUGGAUGGGUUGUCGGCAGCAAUAACGACCGAAGUCGAAGAUCUGGUCACAGAUCCUAAACAAUCCCUCGACACAUCACAAUUGCUGUGGCAGCUAGCUCAUAUAAUAUAUUUCCACGAUUCGACCCGAAAGGGGUAUGCUAAUCAAAGUAACUACAUCGAAGCUCUCUCUUCACUCUUGGGACAUGCUGCGAACGAAGUGGCGCAAAAAUUGGACCUUGCAGAUCAACCUAUGUUUGGAAAUGGCAACACCACGGUCGAACCACUUCCAGAAUUCGUCAGAGAAAUGAUACAAAGAAUACCUCAGCAAGAUAACAUACGCGACGUUCUAUGGGAAAUGGGAACAAACACGCAGUCGCAAGCUAGCUCUGAAUUCGAUUCAGCCAAACGACUAGCAAACUAUGCAGUUGCUUUGUUACGGGCGUUUCCAUCAAAGGCUCAGAACAUCCGGAUGUCUUUGUACCAAGGAUCUGUACGGUCACUGGGGGACACUGAUGUGUCAACUAUCCAAUACUUCUGGCAAACCACACGAGCCACGACAGUGUUUCAGAAAGUCGUCCAAAACCACAGAAGCGUGCUAUCAGUACUUCGCGAGGCAGCUCCCGAGACAUAUCAACUUGGUCAACGUCCACUCUCAAAGGUAGAGAUUUCCAGAUGGAGAGACGAAUGGCGUAUCAUAUUGCUGUUCCUGGAGCUCUACACAUUUGUCCUAAAGUUCAUGGAUGAUGACGAUUUCUUUGCAUUUGACAAAUCUCACAGUUUCAGCAUGUCAAAUACCCCAACCAGUAUAAUGUCGAGAAGAGGCGCAUUACCAUUGGGAGACGUCGCGCUAAUGACCACAUUCUUGAAGAAUCUGGCAUUCACACUCUAUUGGAACGCAGCAGACCUAGUAGAAGGCGAUGAAUCUGUCGAUGAGACCGAUCUGGCGAUUCUGUUCGGAGGGGCUCCUGUCCCAUCGACACGAUCUACAGAUAGAAAAGAGCAGACGUUGACUGGUAACGGGGUUUCUCAGGGAUAUCUCAAAGGGCUUGUCACUGGGUUAUUACGCAUGCUUCAUGAAAGGGAUUCUAGACGUUCAUUCGUGCCUGCUGGUCACUGGUUGAUGAGCGAUCAAAUCAAUAUGUCCGGCUUCAUCCCGGCUGUUGCUGUGGAAGAAGAAAAGCGGCAUCAACUAGGCGACGAUGAGGACUUUGACGAACAAGAAGACAACCCUGAUGACGCCAUGGAGCUGGAUUUAUCUACAAAUUCAGGGUCGUCCGAGACGUUGUUGAGCGCCAUGUUCGGUAUUCGUCCGUCGCAUAUGCCACGAUCUGGGGCAUCGCGACAAGCCGACCGGUAUGAACGGCAGCGACUACAGGCUCGAAAAAAGAGACAACUUGAGUCAUUAGCGCCUCGACUUGAAAUUCUUCGCAAUCUACCAUUCUUCAUCCCUUUCGAAACCCGGGUGCAAAUCUUCCGUGAAUUCAUCUAUCAAGAUCAGCUCCGGAGAAGAGAUGGAGCUGUUGACCCUGAUCUGUGGAGAAUGUCGAUAGCUUCAACGACACAAGGACGGGGUCCAGACGGCCGACCAAGAGCACUUGAAAUCAUCGGUCGACAUCAUGCUGAGAUCCACCGUGAAAGCGUGGUUGAUGAUGCGUUCCAAGCAUUUUUCGAGCUUGGUGAAGGCUUGAAAGAACCGAUUCAAAUCACCUUCAUUGAUAAAUUUGGCACACCAGAGGCAGGCAUUGACGGAGGCGGUGUCACCAAAGAGUUCCUCAUGAGCGUCACCAGCGAAGCUUUGAAGCCUGAGAAUGACUUUAGCAUGUUCGCCGAGAGUCCACAACACGCAAUCUUUCCAAAUUGGAAAAUAAUACCAACGUUGACAGGGUACAUGAAAAGAAUUGGUAUGACCCCUGGAACGGACGGGGAGUUUGAAAGCAAAGUCAAACGACUUCUUCAACAGGUGCAGUUCGUCGGACGAGUGGUUGGCAAGUGCCUGUACGAAGGCAUUCUGAUUGACGUCAAUUUUGCAGGAUUCUUCCUGCUCAAAUGGGCGUUGACCGGUGGUACAACGGUGGGCUCCAAUGAGUCUGCAUAUCGAGCCACAAUCAAUGACUUGCGCGACUACGAUGAGGAAUUGUAUAAUGGGCUGCUGAAACUCAAGAAUUAUCCUGGUGAUGUUGAGGCAGACUUCUCGCUUGACUUCACCGUUACGGAUAUGAUGCUUGGGUGUGACGAACAGGGUAAUGAGAUACCAGUUCCUCACACGAUAGAACUGAUCCCCAAUGGGGCCAACACACCAGUGACCAACACGAAUCGACUCGUUUACAUUGACCGGGUUGUCAGGUUCAGAUUGCAACAGCAACCGAAAACUAUGACUGAUGCUUUCCUGAAAGGCCUGGGGGAGAUCAUUUCACCAAUGUGGCUUGCCAUGUUCAAUCAAAAAGAAUUGCAGAAACUCGUGGGAGGCGACAACACAGAGCUCGAUAUUGCUGAUUUGAGGAGGAACACGCAGUACGGGGGAGUCUAUACGAUCGGUGACGAUGGACUGGAACAUCCCACUGUCCAGCUGUUUUGGAAAGCACUGCAAGAGAUGGAUGACGAUGAUCGCAGAAAAGUGCUCAAAUUUGUCACCAGUACGCCUCGUGCGCCUUUACUCGGCUUCAGCCAUCUCAAUCCGAGAUUCAGCAUCCGUGAUUCGAGCGGUGAUCAAGAACGUCUUCCCAGCACGAGUACAUGCGUAAACCUGCUGAAACUGCCGCGGUAUGGAGAUAUCGAAACAAUGAAGGAAAAGCUGCUUUAUGCCGUCAAUUCGGGAGCCGGAUUUGACCUCUCUUGA